CAAACAAUACGGCAUUAGUAGGAUGUAGUUCUCAUUGGGGUGGGAUCUGCCUAUAAAAGGUGAAAGCAUUUAUGUAUUGGGAAGCAAGAGAUCAUAAUGAAGGAGUGUUGGAUAAUGGUGAUGAUGAUUUUAUUAUUGAAAGAGAGUUGGUGCUCUGAUGGAUGUUUGGAGAAUGAGAGAAUUGCUCUGUUGCAAAUCAAAUCUCAUUUCAAUUCUUCUUCUUCUUCUUUUAUGUCUACUUGGGGUGUAACUGCUGACUGUUGUAGUUGGGUACGCGUAUACUGCAACUCCACCACAGGGCAUGUUGUCCAACUCUCUCUUGAUGGUGUAAGAAGCUCAGAAGAAGAUUAUUGGUAUCUAAAUGCUUCUUUGUUUCUUCCCUUCCAGCAAUUGAAUUAUCUUUCCCUGUGGGGAAAUAAUAUAGCUGGUUGCAUCAAGAAUGAAGGUUUUGAAAGGUUAUCAGCACUUGGCAAUUUGGAGGUUCUUGAGUUAAGUGACAACAGUUUCCACAAAAGCAUCUUAUCAUCUCUAAGUGGACUUUCAUCUUUAAAAAUUUUAAGUCUAUCUGGAAAUAGAUUGAAAGGGAUAAUUAACAUUGAAGAGUUCAAUCAUCUAAUAAGUUUGGAGGAGUUGGAUUUAUCAGCUAAUGCAAUUGAAGGCUUCAUAUCUUCAAAUGGUAGUGAUGAAUUAUCGAAAUUGAGCAAUUUGGAGCGUUUUGAUUUGAGUUAUAAUCACGUUAAUAUCAGCCUUUUAUCACCACUCAUUAGGCUUCCAUCUCUCAGAUAUUUAGAUUUAGGAUAUAAUCAAUUGGAAGGACUAUUCAAUUUCAAAGAAUUGGGCAAAAGCAAGCUAGUGACAUUGGACUUGAGUGGCAAUAACAUUACAGAAUUUGUAGACUCAAGAGAAAUAAGGGCUUCAAACAAUAUAAGUGAGCUGUAUUUAGAUGAUAUCACCAUAACAAAAGGAAGCAAGUUAUUGGAAUCAUUGGGAGCAUUUAGCCACCUUAAAAAUCUAUCUCUGGUGUCAUGUAAAUUCGAAGGAGCAAUUCUCCAUCAAGGCUUGCCUCAUCUGCAAAUAAUUGGAGCAAUGUCUUCUCUUAAGAAAUUAUCAUUGGGUGGUUGUGGACUUAAUGACACAGAGUUUCUAAACCAAGGUGUGUGCAAAUUAAAACAACUUCAAGAGUUAGAUAUUUCCUAUAAUGACAUAAGUGGUAGCUUGCCUUCAUGUCUGGCUAACAUGACAUCUCUUCAAUCGUUACAUCUCUCUUCCAAUAAUUUUGUUGGAAACAUCUCUCUAUAUCCAUUUAAUAGAUUAACAAAUCUCGAAUAUUUGGAUCUUUCACACAAUCUUUUCCAAAUUCCAGUCUCGUUGGAUCUAUUUUUCAACCAUUCAAAGCUCAAACACUUUAAAAGUCAGGGUAACAAUGAAAUAUAUGGAGAAAAAACUGAACAAAAUUUGACCCCAAUGUUUCAACUAGAGACUCUUUAUAUCGAUGGUUAUGCAUGCAUUAAAGCAUUUCCCAAAUUCCUUUAUUAUCAGCAUAACUUACGAGAAGCCAGUCUGCAGAGCUUGAAAUUGAGAGGAAGAUUUCCAUAUUGGUUGUUACAAAACAACACAAAACUAGAAGAGCUUUACUUAAAAAACAAUUCCCUCUCAGGGCCUCUUCAAUUACCACUUCAUUCCCAUUUGAAUUUGUCACUCUUAGAUAUCUCAGAUAAUCUCUUCCACGGAAUUAUUCCACCAGAUAUAGGAACACAUUUGCCGAGAUUGGAACUUGUGUACUUGUCUAAAAAUGAUUUCAAUGGUAGCAUUCCUUCUUCAUUUGGAAAUAUGAGCUCAUUGCAAAUUUUAGACUUAUCCAAUAAUGAUAUUUCUGGAAGCCUACCCUCUGAUUUUUGCUGUUCACAUAUGUUAGAAGUUCAUUUGUCCAGAAAUCAGCUUCAAGGAUCAUUAGAAGAUGCAUUUUUCGAUUGCCUUCAAUUGGUUGUGUUAGAUCUUAGCCACAAUAAUAUGACUGGAAGCAUUCCAUCAUGGUUUGAAAGAUUUUACCAAUUGGCCUAUAUGAUUUUGGGUUAUAAUAAUAUUGAAGGGGAAAUCCCAAUUCAGUUGUGCAAUUUGACCCAAUUAAGCUUGAUUGACCUCUCACAUAAUAAUCUGUCUGGUCAUAUUCCCCCUUGUCUAAGAUCUACAAGCAAUUUUGCUUCCUUGUCUAAUGGUGAAGAGAUAGAAUUCACAACGAAGAGGAAUAUCUAUUCUUACCAAAGAAGCAUGCUGUAUUACUUCUCAGGAAUUGAUCUCUCAUGCAACAAGCUGAUAGGCCAAAUUCCUAUCCAAAUUGGUUACCUCAAUGAGAUCCGUGUACUAAAUUUAUCCCACAACAAUUUGAAUGGAAAAAUCCCAGCAUCAUUUUCUAACUUGAGUCAAAUUGAAAGCUUGGAUCUUUCACACAACAACUUGCAAGGGAACAUUCCUUCUCAACUCACUGAGUUGGAUUUUUUGGAAGUCUUCAAUGUAUCAUGCAAUGAUUUAUCUGGUAGAACACCGGAAAAGGUUAAACAGUUUGCAACAUUUGAUGAAAGCAGCUAUCGAGAUAACCCUCUUCUUUGUGGAUGGCCAUUGCAAAAAUAUUGUGCUACCAUGGAAUCUUCUCCAUCAAUCCCAAGAAGUUCAAAUGAUACUGAAGAAAGUAAUUGCUUCAUUGACAUGGAAGAUUUUUAUGCGAGUUUUGGGGUGGCUUACAUUAUGGUGUUGUUGACAAUUGCUGGAGUUUUAUUCAUAAAUCCAUAUUGGAGGCAAGUUUGGUUUUACUUCGUUGAGGUUAGUAUAGACAAGUGCUACUAUUUUCUAAUAGACAAUCUUAGUUGUUUGUCCAAGUUUAAAUUAUUUUGAUGGUGAAAUCAAUAUCAAGAAUUAUGUAUUUACAUACUUUUACUUUCAACAUCAAUAAAUAAUGUAAAAUGUGCAUUUCCUUUACUAUA